GUUGCCGAAAGAGGAUGACAAUGAUGGCGAAGGAGGUGGUGGAUGUUGUUGACACGUCCAGUGUUGCACUUGCAGGCAGCGGGGAUGCUGGGGAUGGGAAGCGGGGAGCACGUGGAGGGUGGUGGGUGGCUGGUGGCGCCCUCGGACGCCUGUCCACCCUCGUCCUGCCUGAAGGUUACCCCGCGUCCGUAUCCUCAGACUACGCGAGCUAUCAGAUAUGGGACACUGCGCAGGCCUUUUCGUCCUCUGUGAUGGGCACCAUCUCCACCUACGCCGUGUUGAAGGGUGUUGGUGUCGGAGAUGCGCAGGCCACGGUUGCUGCCGCCACAUACACGAAUCUUCUGCGGGACGCAACAGGCAUGCUGGCUGGCAUCUGGUUUGCGUGGUACUCGAGCACGGACAUGGACAGGAACGCAAAGCAGUGGCGAUUGGUGGCUGAUGUUGUGAACGAUAUGGCGAUGCUUGUGGAGCUGGUGUCUCCGCUGAUCCCGGCUGCGUUUCUCCCUCUCAUGUGUAUGGCCAGUUUCCUCCGUGCCAUUGUCGGCGUUGCCGGUGGCGCAACCCGCGCCGCUCUCGUCCGACAUCAGGCCAGACUGAACAACAUGGCGGACGUUUCGGCAAAGGAUGGCUCACAGGAAACGCUGGUGAACCUUGCAGCAUUAGUUGUGAGCCUGGCCAUCACGCCGUUGGCUGCAGAGUCUCGGGUGAUGGCGUGGGCGAUGUUUCUUCCGCUCGUCUUCAUGCACCUCUACUGCAACUAUCGGGCUGUGCGGGCGCUUGAGAUGCCAGCGUUCAAUGCACACAGACUGCACCAUGCGUGCGCCGUGUUCAUGCGCACAAACCGCGUGCCAUCCGUCUGCGCCGCAAACCAGGCAGAGCCGCUGUUCCCAAGGGCGCCUGCCAUCGAGGGUCAUGCAAAGGUGUGUCUCGGGUCCUCCUGGAGUCAUAUCAAGGAUGGCGUGGGUGCAGGUGUUCAAGCAGAUGUGGUGCGGGCACUGGAGACGUGGCGGGUGGCUGCCGUGUUUACUGAUGGCACGGUGCACGUGCUCUUGUCCAAGCAUUGUCGACACGAGGACAUUGUCCGUGCCUAUGCAGCAGCUCUCUUCUGGAUCCAGGCUUUGAUGUUGAGGCGCAGCCGCUCCUAA